AUGGCUUCGACUUCCCCGCCUCCGCCCAGGCGAUUCAACCCCGAGCCCGUCGAGACCGCUGUCAGAAGUUCAAGAUCAGCUCGCAACCAGUCAGACCACCCCUCGUCCACACCUCCUACAAACCAGUCAUCUUUAAAUCCCGCAGACCUCAUGCCUCCUCCUCAGACCAAACCUCGCAGGUUCUCGCCUCAGCCGGUGGAGGAGACAUUCAGGAGCUCUAGGAAGAAGAACAUCGCGGACGGUUUAGAAGACUCGACAACGGCCAACAGGGUUGGUGGUGGUGGUCCUACAAAUGAAUCCAAUAUAAACGUCGUCUCGUCGUCGAACGAUCCUGCCUCCCUUCCCGGCGUACACAGCAGCGGUGCCUCCGCAAGACCCAGACGGUUUGCACCUGAACCUGUAGAAACGAGUGCUCGAUCCUCGAGACGGAAAUUCACCCCGGAGCCUGUUGAGACAAGUGCGAGGAGCAGCAAGGACAGAGACAACACCCAAGAAGAAGAGAAGACGCCUAAACCCCGAAGAAGAUUUGCCCCAGAACCGGUGGAGACGACGGCAAGGAGCUCCAAGGAAAAGAAACCUCGGGACGCAGAAGAGACGUCGUCGAGCCGUCCUCGCCGAAAGUUCGCCCCGGAGCCAAUCGAGACCAGCACAACCACCAGAAGAAGACGGGACCCUGGUCCUGAGGACUUGGACGACGAGCCUCCCAAAACCGGUGACUCCACUACUUCCAGUAGAGCUUCGUCUGGACCCCGCAAGUUCUCUCCAGAACUAAUAGAGACUGCCAAAGGCUCCUAUCGACGUGUCCACCUCCCUACUCCCGAAAGUAGACCAUCACCCCCACCGAGUCAACGCGAGCCCUCUCCCUGCCCGGAAGAGGAGCCAGAAGACGUCUCUGGGGUUGGAGAAUCGCGCUUCUCAGCAGCGGCCCUGGCCAGAAAGAACCCUGAGGCCUUACGCCAGCAUUCAUUCGCUGUUCCUGAUCUGCCCAUAAUAGAGUCGGCGACGUCAGAAGAUGAAGGCUCCGAGACACCCUCGUUGAGCGACUCUCCUUCGUCCGUGGAAUCACUUGUCAAGAGAGCACCACCUAGUGCAAAGGACAGUUAUACUGAAUAUGUCCUACGCUUGGCUGCCGAGACGGUGAGCGAGAAGGAAUUAGAAGAGCAGGCAAUGGCCGCUUAUAUCAAUGAACGGCCGCACGAGCCCGUGGAUCACUUUGCCAUCUCCCGCGAGGAUGAAGAAGAUGGUCCUUUACCGGUGCCAAUGUUUCAAGGUGAAAAGGGAGCCGAUGCCCGCACCUUUCGACGGUCGUCGGCGGCAGAGCUGAAUUUGGAGAUGGAGAAUAUGCGAAAGCAUCACCAGCAGCUGGAAGCGGCGAAACGCGAGCUCAAAGCUGAUACAGCCGGGCAGAGCCGGUUCAGUGCUGCUGCGUUGGCGACCCGGCAUGCACUGGAGUCAAAAGGCCUGAAGAAGACGAAGAAACCUAGAGCAGAGGAGGAAGACUCAGAACUGGCUCGUAUGAGGGCUGCUGCGUCACCUCCAAUGCUGGGCAGCGACCUCGUCUUCCCGUUCACCAUCUCCCCGAAAAUGACACGCUGCGAUCCUGAUCAACCUCCAAGACCUAGAAGUGCAGAAAGUGACGAUGAGUCGACGGAACCGACUAGUCCUGAUCUUUGGAGACCACACAAGAAGCAUGAGAACAAUGCUGGAGAGGGGCUGUGGAUGGGCAUGUGUCAAGCCGGGCUGUGGCAGCCUCAGAGUCCACAGAACGGCCUGCGCAGUGGCAUUCAGACACCUUCACCUGCAACUCCAGCAAGGGAAAGAAACAACCCAUUUGAAGCCAGCACGCCUGGCCGAGGAUAUCAGACUCCUGGACGGCGCCAGCAACACUUCUCGGGUCUAGGCUUUCUUCCAUUAACUCCUCCGCGCAGUCAAGACGGCGACGACCCGUUUACUAGCACCAUCGACAAAAAGCUGCGGAUCGAGGAACAAAUCGAGGACGAAUUUCCCAACCGUGUGAUCACCCAAAUAUACAACUACCUGAGCCUGGGGUACCCCAGCCUCGCACACAUGUUUGAUGAAGAGCUCAGCAAGAUUUCUCGCAUUCCUAUAGAAGAACUGCGCAAAGACGAUAACAACGUGGACGCCAAAGGGUACGUGGGUGCGCCGGAAGGCGAUGGCUGGGACGAGGCCGAAGUCAUCGGCAAAUGCAAACGGUGGGAGGCGUUGAGGCUAUACGUGAGGGAAUGGGCCCGGCAGAGUCCGAAUUUCGCGGAUGGUCGAAGGCGCGCAUGUUUGGGCGCGGACGAGGACUGGGGCGCAAGGGUAAGGAAGGGGAGCUGGGCUCAUUAG